AUGGCCAUGCCCAUGAUCCACAAACAACAGCACAAAAGGAUAUACUCCUAUAUUGUGCCGCAAGAGGAUAGAACACGCGCAUUGUCAGAGAGAUUACUUGAGGUUGCUGCAUCAGAUGUACUCGUAUUCGUGCCUUGCAACGUGGGUGGGCAUUGGAUUCUUACAAUCAUUCAAGUUGAAAAAGGACAAGCUUUUCUAAUGGAUCCUAAAAGUCAUCGUAAUAAGGACAUCAUAUGGAAGUCUGUUGUCGACACUGCGAUAAGUAUGGUCACUGCAAAAAAGGGAAAGAAAAUGAAAAAAGCAACUUGGGAAGUUAUAAAGGGUCCUACACAACCUGAUGACAAGCAAUGUGGUUAUUUUGUGAUGAGGUUUAUGAGAGAUAUUAUCGAAGGGUUUCAAAAUGCAGCAGCCUCUACUUUUCACUUGUCAUCACUGUUUAAAGGAGUUACUACUUAUUCUCAAAAUCAACUCAACGAGGUCCGUGAAGAAUGGGCAACAUGUGUGAUAAAGCAUGCAUUGGAUGGAUAGAUGCUUUACAUGAAGUGAAAUAGAGACGUGACAGGAGAAAGGUUAUUUCAAUCAAGAUGGCUAUCUAUCAAGCUAGUAGCAUCAUUUUGUAGACUUUGUUUGCACGCACGAUUGAUAGAACAUGUGUUUUUGUUAACUCUAUUUUGGAUGGUGAUUGCAUGAAAAUUU